GCUUCCCCGGAGCCUCUACGCGCUGUAUGCAUGUGGUUUUAAGAAAAAAGGGGGAACUCCAAGUGCCACAGUGGUCGUUCUCCAGGUGACACGGCACUGAUACCCAGAUAUGAAUCUGUCAGAGGCCAGAGAGCUGCGGGCUGUCAGGGCGCCCUUUAUCCUGGGAGGUGUGGUCCUGGCGCCGCGCGGAGAAGUCGGGGUAGUGUAGUCUCGCCGCUCCCCUGGAGAAGGUCCUCAGCUGGUGGCUGGAGUGACCCCUUGUUCUUUGGUGGCGCUGGUGCGUGAACCUCCCAGAAGAUCCUUGUUGCAGUCAUACUCUUUUCUGCGCUGGAAGACUGGCUGACACAGAGAAUCAACUCAUGCUGAGUGUCAACAGCAUGUCAGGACAGGCUGGCUUCUCAGGAAGCUGCCCACUAUUCUAUUCUACUUUUCUUCUGUGACACGUCCAUUCCUGAUGCCAUUGAGGAAGAAGAAGCACUACCUACUGGAGCUUGAGUAUUUCCAUUGACUGUCCUGAACAUUUUUUUUGUUCUUGUUCUGCCUCCUGUGGCCCCUGCCUGCCCAGAGAGGCCUGCCUGCUGGGGAAAGAGAGUAUCCUGGGCUCCUGACAGCCUGGCUUCAGGCACACAUGGCAUUCAGGGAUGUUGCUGUGGAUUUCAGCCAGGAGGAGUGGAGACUGCUGAGCCCCGCUCAGAGAACUCUGUACAGGGAGGUGAUGCUGGAGAACUACAGCAACCUGCUGUCACUGGGAAUUCCAUUUUCUAAACCAAAACUCAUUACCCAGCUGGAGCAAGGGAAAGAGACCUGGAGAGAGGAGAGAAAAUGUCUACCAGCCACUUGUCCAGCAAAACCAAAGCCAGAGCUCCACCUUGGUCGUCUCUGCCCUCCAGAUUUGUCCAGUCAGAAAUACCCCACACAGCAUGUGCCGUGUAAUCAUCCCCCCUGGAUCUUUGCAUGCUUGUGUGCAGAAAGUCACGCCCAGCCGGAAGAAUCUUGCCCAGGAGACCAGGAGAAACAGCAAGGAGCCUCUGAUGGAAGUUCCUGGAAUGAAAAAGCCGACAGUCAGGAGAGAGAACGUGCCAAGCCUUUGUUUGGAAGGACAAAGAAAAGGACUCCGGGAGCUUUCUCCAGGCCACCCCACCAGCAGCCAGUCGGCUCUCAGAAUGACAUCAGAGGAGUGGAGCUAGAGGCCAGCCCAACCCAGAUGGGGAACCCUGAGGAAACAGACCAACUGUUGAAGAGGAUAGAAGUCUUGGGAUUUGGAGCAGUCAACUGUGGAGAGUGUGGACUGAGCUUUAGCAAGAUGACAAACCUGCUCAGUCACCAGCGGAUACACUCAGGGGAGAAGCCGUAUGUGUGUGGGGUAUGUGCAAAGGGCUUCAGUCUCAAGAAAAGCCUGGCCAGGCACCAGAAGGCACACUCAGAGGAGAAACCUAUUGUGUGCGGGGAGUGUGGACGAGGUUUUAACCGGAAAUCAACACUCAUCAUACAUGAGCGGACACACUCGGGCGAAAAGCCGUACAUGUGCAGUGAGUGCGGGCGAGGCUUCAGUCAGAAGUCGAACCUCAUCAUACACCAGCGGACACACUCAGGGGAGAAGCCUUAUGUGUGCCGGGAGUGUGGCAAAGGCUUUAGCCAGAAGUCAGCUGUCGUUAGACACCAGAGGACACACUUGGAGGAAAAGACCAUUGUGUGCAGUGACUGUGGCCUGGGGUUCAGCGACAGGUCAAAUCUCAUCUGCCACCAGAGGACACACUCAGGGGAGAAGCCCUAUGCCUGCAAGGAGUGUGGACGAUGCUUUAGGCAGAGGACGACCCUUGUCAACCACCAGAGGACACACUCAAAGGAGAAGCCCUACGUGUGCGGAGUGUGUGGGCACCGCUUCAGCCAGAACUCCACCCUCAUCUCUCACAGGCGGACACACACCGGGGAGAAGCCGUAUGUGUGUGGAGUGUGUGGGCGAAGCUUUAGUCUAAAGUCACACCUCAACAGACACCAGAACAUACACUCAGGGAAGAAGCCCAUUGUGUGCAAGGAUUGUGGGCGAGGCUUCAGCCAGCAGUCCAAUUUUAUCAGACACCAGAGGACACAUUCAGGGGAGAAGCCCAUGGUGUGUGAGGAGUGUGGGCGAGGCUUCAGCCAGAAGUCAAACCUCAUCGCACACCAGCGGACACACUCAGGGGAAAAGCCGUAUGUGUGCCGGGAGUGUGAGCGAGGCUUUAGCCACCAGGCAGGCCUCAUCAGGCACAAGAGGAGACACUUGAGGGAGAAGCCAUUUGUGUGCAGGCAGUGUGGCCUGGGCUUCAGCAAUAAAUCAGCUUUAAUCACACAUAAGCGGGUACACUCAGAAGAGAAGUCUUGUGUGUGGGGGGAGUGUGGCCAAGGCUUUGUCCAGAAGUCACACCUCACCUUACAUGAGGUGACACACAAGGGGGAGAAGUCGUGCGUGUGCAAGACAUGUGGGCAAGGUGUUCACCAAAAGUCUCAUCCCAACAGGCACAGGAAGAUGAAGUCUGGCCACCACAGACAGGCACUUCAGCCCAACCCUGACACCUGUUUGGGACAAUCUCCUGACCCUUUAUACUCUUUUUAAAAGUGACUGUGCCAGGCACAGUGGCUCACGUCUAUAAUGCUAGCUCUCUGGAAGGCUGAGGUGGGUGGAUUGCCUGAGCUCAGGAGUUCAAGACCAGCCUGAGCCAAAGCGAGACCCCAUCUCUUAAAAAAAAUAAAAGAAAGAAAGAAAGUAGCCAGGCGUGGUGGUGGGUGCCUGUAGUCUCAGCUACUUGAGAGGCUGAGGCAAGAGAAUCGCUUGAGCCCAACAGUUUGAGGUUGCUGUGAGUUAUGGCACCACAGCACUCUACCAGGGGCAAGAAAGUGAGACUCUGUCUCAAAGAAAAAAAAAAAAAAAAAGGAAAUAUGAUGGCAAGGACCAACAGUCAGAAUUUUUAUGCUUUCAUGAAGUGGAAUAGAAAAUGCAUUCCAUAAGUGGUCAGAGGACAUUUGACUUAGUUUACUUUCUUCAUGCUAAGUCUUCAUGUUUUGUGGCCUUUUGUUCUAAAAUAAACUUAGUUUCC